CGUACCACAGAAGAAGAACGCGACGUAAUGCGUCUGAGGCGCACUGUAUGUACGCCAACAUGAAGUCACUCCGGGCAGUUUCUGCCUUAGAUUUCAAAGAAUAGGACUUGUUGUUUCGACAAAGUCUUGCUUUGCUAACUAAUACAAAGUAGAUGAAACACCGAAACCAAAUAUUGGUCCUGCAGAAUGUCCAAGAUCAGGCGGAAAGUAACAGUUGAGAAUUCAAAAACGAUAUCUGACAGCAGCAGCACCACAACCAGCAGCACCAGCAACACCAGCGCCCCGUCUCGCCGGCCCAGUGUCUUUGAACGCCUUGGUCCUAGCACUGGGAGUAAUGCUGCAGAUAGUCACUGUAGAAAUUGGCUGAAGACCGGUAGCUGCAGUUACGGCAACACUUGUCGUUACACACAUGGAACUCAGCCUCGAGGCAAAGGAUUCAGCUUUAAUCGGUCAGCUGAGAGACCCACUGGUGAUCUGCGGGAGAGGAUGAAAAAUAAACGACAGGAUGUUGACCCGGAAAACUUGAAGCGAGACGUAGACAAGCCCACAACCUCCAAAGUCAGACAGAGAGACUCUUCAAGAGGGCGACACAGAGAGAAGGAAGGCAUAAAGAUCACGAAGGAGAGGACCCCAGCCAGUGAAGAAGAGCCUGUCGAGUGGGAAACUAAUCGAGAAGAUUCUGAUAUUGGGGAAUUUGAUUACGAGUUAUCCCUGGAGAUGAAGCGCCAGAAGAUCCAACGGGAACUCAUGAAACUGGAGCAGGAAAAUUUGGACAAACGAGAUGAUGUCGUUAAGAAAGAGGAGGCUCCUAUAAAAUCCAGGAGUGCAGCGCUGCCAAAGGUGUCGCCUGAGCUGUUGGGUUCCAAAGAUUCGCCGUCGUCCAGGAAGUCCGGCGGCUCCCCGAAAUACAAAAGUAUAAGUAAAGGCUCCGGUUCUGGGAAGAAAGAGAAGAAGGCAGCCAUGGCCUUGGCGGUGUCAGAAACCCUCCGGUCUUCAAAAGGAAGCCACAGUAAGAAGAAGGGGCCUCGUACGCCGAGUCCUCCUCCCCCGGUCCCUCUCGGCAUUCCUGUCGUUGGGAAAAAACACAAAGGGAAACAUAAAAACAAGGAGAAGACCGAGGAGAAGCAGAAGGAAGGGAAAGAGCGGGGACGGGACACGGAGAAGCAUAAAGAAAAGAAGGAAAAACGCCGUGAUCGAUCCGACAGUUCCCAUAAGGCCAAGCGGGCGGUGACAUCGGAGGAGCGCUCUGGAAGUGCGUCGUCUCCCUCCAGGUGUGCGUCACCUCCAGCGAGGAAGAAGUCCGUCUCUCCCAAAGUUUCAUCUCACAAGGCCUCGUUGCUCCCCUCCCCCCCUCAAAGGUCUCCUUCCCCUCCACACCACCACCGCAGUCGCACUCCUCCUCGCCGCCACUCCCAACACUCCCCGUCCUCCCAUUCCGGUUCCUCCAACAACCGCCACUCCCCGUCGCCUCGCCGCCGCCGUUCUUCCUCUCCCACCUCCUACCGGAGUUCCACAGCUCAAGCUUCUGCCUCGUCGCCACCGCGCUCCCGGCGCUCUCGGUCGCCCCCGGCCUCUCACGAAACUUCCUCACCUCCUCGACGUCCUGAGCGUUCGAGUCCCAGCCGGCGCCGCUCCAGGGGCAGAGAGAAGAGUCGUGGGGAGAGAGAUAGGAGUCCACCCGCCCAGGAGCGCAGACAUGACAACAGAGAGGAAAGCCGGAGCAAGCGGGAGAAGGACAGUGUCCGUGACGACCAAGACUACGAGUCCGAAGUCCUCUCGUCCCGGGACGCCCGAGACGACCGGGAGACCAGAGAGGCCCGCGAACGACGGGACGCUCGUGACCGAGGAAGAGAAACAACCCGGGAUAGUCGGGACAACAGGGAUGUGAAGGACAUGAGAGAGACCAGGAUAGAGACGCGCUCCAGUCGAGAGUCCCUGGAACACCGAGAGCGUGAGAAAGAGCGGGGGAGGGAAAAGGAGAGGGAGAGAAGUGAUGCCUACAGGAAGGAGGAUCCUCCUCAGGAUGACAGGGUAUAUGGACGAGGUCAUGGACGUGAUGAUGUGAGGACCGAGGGCCGGACGGACAGAGGUGAUAGGAAUGGACGAGGAAGAGGACGUGCUAAUGAGCCGUCUGAUAAAGGAUCAAACAGGAACUCCCGAAGCUCCCAGCUGGACAGCAGCUACGAUAACUGGGAGUCACGAAGCGGUGCGGUGCGCGAUCGCAGCGUGGAGCGGAGCACGGAUCGCAGCGCCGCUGAACGGAGCUCUGAGAGGACCUCGGACCGAGAUCGCUACGAGAGUGAGAGAAGAGAUCAGCACACAAGAGACUCCUCCUACGACCGGAGGGCAGGUCACGGGGAGCGGGAUCGCAGAGAUAACCGGGACAGAGAACAAAGAGCAGCCUCUCCUAACAGAUACCAGAGGAGGUCCGAGGAGUCUGAAAGGGAGGAGAGGCGUGAGGAGAGGAGGUCGGACCGAACAGAGGACAGGCGGGAGGACAGGGCCCGAGACCGGGAGCGAGAAAGAGAGAGGGAAAGGGAAAGAGAGCGGGAACGAGAGAAGGAAAAGGAGCGAGAGAGGGAGCGAGAAAAGGAGAGGGAGGCGGAGAGGGAGAGGGCCAGGGAGCGGGAACGAGAGAGGGAACGUGAGAGGGAGGAGCGGGAGAGAGAACGGGAGAGGGAGGAGCGAGAGCGGGAAAGGGAGAGGGAGAGAGAAAGGAAGGAAAGAGAAAGAGAGAGGGAACAGAGGGAGAGGGAGAGGCAGCGGGAAUGGGAGGAGAGAGAAAGGGAGAGACGGGAGAGGAGGGAAGACACCAGAGACGAGAGGUCUGUUCGGGACAAGAUGAGCCGUAAGAGGUUCAGGGUGGAGAGCAGCCCGAGUCCGAGACCAUCUCCCAAGCGAGCAGCGCGGGACUUCAGCCCGGCGGACAGCGACGGCUACAAUAGCGCCGAGGACAAAAGUGAGCGUCCGACGGGCCGAGGGCUUGCCAAGCUCCACCCACAACCCCUCCUCCCCAGCCCCGUGUGUCAACCUCCGUCCGACAGUGGGGACAAACAUCGUCUGCUGAGCCAAGUGGUGAGGCCCCGUGAUUCCUCAUCCAGGUCGCCACCCAGAAAUGCUGCAUCUACUGAAAAGUCGUCUCACUGGAAGGACGAGGAGCGCCGAGGAGCCGGGGACAAGCGGGAAUCCCGCAGUCGCCAUGAAGACCCGGAGGCUCGUCCAGAUCGAGGCAGAGGAGACAGACGUGGAGAGUACCUCACUGAUGUUCCCUCGGACAGUCGCAGCAGAGGCAGAGACCAGCGAGAGUCGACUCCGCCCCCUCCACCUGCCGCUCUCGCCACCAUCAGUGAAGACCGAGACACUGCUGCGUCCCAGUCUCACGAGGAGGGCAAAAAGAAGACCAAGUCCCUGAAGAAGGGCUUGAAAAAGGUCCGCAAAGAGGAGGAGGUUGUCGGUGGUGGCGGUCUGACUUUAGCGGCGGACCGUUUCAACCCCGAGCCUCCAGCUGCCGCUCCUGUAGAGGCGGCGCUGCCGCUGCCAUUACAUUCACCAAGGAAGGUACCCAAGAAGAAGGCACACGACCGCAAGAGGAAGCGGUCGCGAGGAGGCGAGUCGGACGCUUCUGAGGAGGAGGCACUGGCCCAUCAGCCUCACAGUAAGAGGAAGAGAGGUCCUCGGACACCACCGCCCUCCAUGAGGCCCGGGCACCACGCAGCUGCAGGGAAUGCCGAGUCUUCCUCCCACAGGAACAACUUCAGUGACUGGACAGAUGAUGAUGAUGAUGCUACAGAGAAAGGAGGCCAGGUGGAAACACCAGCUCCUCUGGCUCCCGCUGAGAGGAUCCAGACUGAGCCGCUCAGGAGAGGCGGGGGCCACCGAAUGGGCCGGGAAAGGGAGCGGUGUAAUCCGCCACCCAUUGCUCCUCUGCUUUCCCAAGAUCCUCCAAUCCUGCUUCAGACCCUGACACCACAGCCGCUCAUGUCCCAGCCUCUUCUCCGCAAACCCCCCUCAGAGCAGCCGCGCAGCAGCAGCAUGGGGAGCAACCAGAGCCGGGCCUCGACACGGCGCCUGAGGUCACCUUCCGACGAGCCGGUCCACCAGGAGAAUUCCCAGGGGCCGCGGUCCCGGCGAGGCAGGAUGCAGGGAUCUGGCUCUCGUGAUCGGGACAGGGAAAGGGAGCGAGAGAGGCCGGUGGUGAGCGAUCCUCCGGGAGCUGAGAGGAAGUCGCGGAUUGACCAGCUGAGGAGAGGAGAGCCCAGCCGCAGCACCUCAUCAGAUCGGCAAGAUUCCCGGAGCCACAGCUCCAGGCGCAGCUCUCCUGAUUCGGAGCGGCAGGCUAGGUCCCGAUCCCGCGCCGGCUCCUACGACAGCCGGGACCGGGAGCGAGACAGGGAGCCCUUUGAGCGAGAUCGUAAGGAGCUCCGCCCACUGCAGCAGCAACAACAGCAGCAGCCUCUGCACCUCCAGCAGCCCCUUCAGCAGCAACGGGACUGGGAGCCAGAACCUCGAGACUGGCCGGGCCGAGGGCGAGAGCCUCUGCUUAUGCGUCCUGCACGGGAGCCUCUCCUAAGGGACCUCAGGGAUCGGGAGCGCCUGCUUCCUGAAGGACUCAUCCAACAGCACGAAUGGGAGAGAGAACGGGAGAGGGAGCGGGAGAGAGAUGGUCGAGCUGAACGAGGCGGAGACCGGGAACGGGAGAGGAUGAUGAUGGAUCUGCCUCCGCAUGGCGACCUGAGAGCUCCGGGACGAGGAGACGUGAGAGGAGAGAUUGCGAGGCCAGAAAGGAGCGAAUACGAGCCCCUACUGCCCAGAGAAGCCUUCAGCCCUCCAGAAGCCGAGAAAUCUAGCAACAGCCACCAUGUAGGUGGAGAUCAUCAGGAGGUGGAGAAGACGGAGAAUUUUGAUGGGGAUGAUGAUGGGAAAGAGGACGAGCGGUCGGUUGCGUCUGUUGGGGAGGAGUACGAGCCGAUCAGCGAUGAUGAGCUGGAUGAAAUCCUUGCCGAUAGCCAGAAAAAGGAGGAUCAGCCAGAGGAGGAGAAGAUUACAGGUCCGCUGGACGUGAUUGAUGUUGACUGGUCCAGCCUGAUGCCCAAGCAGAAACCAGAACCGCGGGCGGCGGGUGCAGCUUUGCUCCGUUUCACCCCGGGGGCUGUUCUGCUGCGGGCCGGCAUCUCCAAGAGACUCGCAGGCCCGGAGCUCCUGGAGCAGGUGAAGGAGGUGUGCAGGUCUGAGCUGGACGAUCCGAAAGACGCCGACAAGCUCUUUGAGCGUGACCUAGGCGCCUUGAACAUGGCGGCCCUGAACAGGCGGGUGGAGAGGGCGGGGUUACUGAGCAACCUCGGGCCAUGUUGCAAGGCCCUGUGUGCACGCAGGGACUUCGCCAUCCGCCGGCAGCUGUUAAAAAACGAGAAGGGCCAAACAAAGCAGUACCCCACUACACCUUUAGUUGACAGCGAGCUGCUUCAGAUGAGCAUCCGCCUCUUCAGAAGGACCGUGUCCGGCCAGAACUCAGCCCCUGAAAGGUCCGACAGCGGGUCGGCUCCUGCAGCUGAAGUAGCUGAAGCUAAUAGCAGUAAGCUAAGCAGUGCGCAGCCAGAGGUGUGCGUGUCCUGAGAGUAAAACACACAAAACUGAACACUUUUAAGCCUUUUCUUCCAUCUUCAAAAGGCUUUUUAGUCCUGAUGAAAUAAAACGAAGCUGCAGGACUUGUGAAUCUUUAUCCUGUACGUGUUUUUGAGUCUCCUGCAGCUCCAUCUCAGAAGUGUGUAUUGUUCCAUGUAUGAAGAUGCGUGAAACACACCUAACUGACAUCAUGUUUUUGUGCUUCAUCUGGUUUUUACUCGUCAGGCUCACCUCACUAACCCUCAUCAAUUGACUUUGGUUUUGUAUGUUGUACUAUAAACAUGCAUUAAAAUGGAUAGAUGUUAUUUUGUUAUGGCUCUUUGUACGAAACGAUUCUCAAAUUCUGGGACUAUCGGUGGAAUUCUUGCUGCAUUUGUUUACAUGACAAGAUCCGUAACAAGCCCACGUCAUCGAGACACCCUGCAGAGACUUGAAUGAACAUUUCAUGUAAAGAAAAAAAAACACUGCCAAACUAUUCUUGGAGGGAUUUGUUUUAACUCCGUCUGUAGCAAUAUUUAUGUUCUGUGUUGUUUUUACUGCUUUUGAUUGGUUUGGCAGUGUCUCCUUGACAGGAACAGAAGAGCACCUGAACAUGGAGAAACCCUCAUCAGCCCAAAUAGAAGGGAUUAAAAAGUUCCUGAUAAAAAAGACUCUUGGAUUAAAAAUUAAUCUGGACUUUUUCUCUGUCCAGCUGUUGGCUUUAUUAGUAUGGUAUCAAUGAAGACAUCCUUGGAUUCAGCAUGACCCUCUGCACUCAUGAAUUUGGAAAAACUGCGGAGAAAAGAUUUGGCUCUGGAGAAGAUUUUACUGCGUCAAAUAUGAACCGUUAACACUUUUUUGGGUACUUUUUGUGCAAAUUUUUUUAUGGAAUGUAUGAACAAUCGUUUCUGGGAAAAUAUUUCACUUUCUACUGUAAAAUAAACAUUCCUGAACAUGUAGGAGCGAGCAUCA